AUGGAGAUAGAUUCGGGUGCGGGAGUAUCGGCCAUAUCAAAGAAUUGCUACGAAAAAUGGUUUGCGGAAAUACCAUUAAUAACAUCGAAGAUUUCAUUGCGGACAUACGAUAAGCAGAAAUUACCACCACUAGGGUACGUUCAAGUCGAAGCAGAGAAAAACUAUGUUAAAAGCAAGGAAUUAUUAUAUGUAGUUAGCGAAGGUAGCUGGCCGAUAAUGGGCAGAAAUUGGCUGCAGGCAUUUGGGAUGUGGCCGCUAGUUUUUCCAAACGAUCCGCGAGAACAUAUAAAUAGUACCAUCGCCCAAACAAGUGACGAUGACGUGACAAAAAGAAAACAAAUAACAUGUCAACUCCAAAAAGAAUUUCCAGGCGUGUUCGCAGCGGGUAUCGGAACUUUCACUAAAGCCGAAUUGAAAUUAACGUUGAUUGAGGGAGCCACGCCGAAAUUUCUGCAGCCAAGAAAAAUGCCCUGGGCAUUGCGCGAUAAAGUAGAGAAUGAAUUAGCCAGAUUACAGCAGCUUGCAAUUAUAUCACCAGUAGAAUAUUCCGAUUGGGGCACGCCAAUUGUGCCAGUUUUGAAGAGUAACGGUACAUUACGUUUAUGCGGAGAUUAUAAAGUGACUUUAAAUAAAUAUCUUGAGGUCGAUCGCUACCCCUUACCGCGAGUUGAAGAAGUUUUAGAGACAUUAAGAGGUGGAAAAAUAUUCACAAAAUUGGACCUAUCAGAAGCCUACCAACAGCUACCAUUAACACAAGAAUCUCAAAAACUAGUGGUAAUCAGUACUCAUAUCGGAUUGUUUAAAUACCACAGGUUGCCGUACGGGGUAGCGACGGGACCAGGAUCAUUUCAAAGGGUCAUGACUUCUCUAUUAUUAGGCAUACCGGGCACGAUCGUUUUUAUUGACGAUAUUCUCAUUACAGCGGCAACACUAGAAAUACAUACAUACAGAGUGCGAGAGGUACUAAAGCGUUUAAACGAGGGAGAGGCGAAAAUAAAGAGUGUAAAAGAUGCACCAAAACCAAAGGACGUGUCGGAAUUGAGAAGCUUUUUGGGGUCGAUCAAUUAUUACGGUCGUUUUAUUGAAAAUAUGGCCCAGAAAUUGCGGGCUCUUUACGAAUGUCUCGAGAAAGAUAAAUUCCAGUGGACGGAGGUCUGUGACAAAACUUUUGAAAAAAUCAAACGCGAACUCGUGUCCGAUAAAAUCUUAGCGCACUUCGACCCCCAAAAGCAGACAGUUCUCACUUGCGAUGCAUCCCCGUAUGGGAUAAGUGCCGUGUUGGCGCACAGAGAUGAGGAAGAUUCAGCAGCUUUAGCGCGUAUAUUCGAUCCGAGUAAAGCGAUCCCAGAGAUCGCAGCAGCACGAUUGCAAAGAUGGGCACUAUUUCUCGCGCCGUUUGAGUAUACUAUUAAACACAUUCAAGGGAAAAAAAAUUAUGCAGACUGGUUAAGUAGACUACCAUUGCCGAAAACAAAAGAUGAUGCUAAAGAAUUUCCGAUUUUACAGAGUACGAUGUAUACCCAUGUGAAUUGCGUUAAAGACUAUGAUUUCGCGACCCUCGAUUGGAAGGCGGCAUGCCGCGCUUGUUUAGAAACUAAAAAAUCGCCGCCGAAAAUUGCUUUGACACCGUGGGCUUGGCCUACAACACCGUGGCACAGAAUACAUGCGGAUUUCUUGGGGCCUUUUAACGGUAAAACGGUACUCGUGAUAAUGGACAGCCAUUCAAAAUGGCCCGAAGCUAUAAUCAUGCAAUCGAUGAGCGAAUCUCAUACGAUAAAAGCGUUCGAGGAAGUGUUUGCUCGACAUGGGUACCCUGCUCAUUUGAUUACCGACAAUUAUUCGACGUUCGUAGGUAAAGCGUUUCAGUCAUUGCUAAAAGUAGGGGGUGUUAGACACAGUACAACGCCACCGUAUUGUCCGGCUACAAAUGGAGCGGCGGAGAAUUUUGUGGGGACUUUCAAACGCAAAGUCGCAUGUAUUAUGGCGGACGGUUUUAAUCUCCAAGAAGCAAUAACUAAAUUCUUAUUUGAUUAUCGUAGCACCCCCCAUGCCACCACACAAAGGACUCCAGCGAGUUUAGCACUCGGUAGAGAACUCAAAACUCGUUUUUCACGACUUCGGUCGACGCCGGUCAACGAGUGCAUAGUCACCCAUCAAUCGCGUCACAUUCAAAAUUAUGCGGGGAAAAGAGAAAGUACAUUAAAAGUCGGUGAUUCGGUGAUGGCUCGAGAAUAUAAACAGGGGGGAAAAGCAGCGUGGAAACCGGGCACUGUAGAGAAAGAAUUAGUAGCGGGCGUCACGUAUCUCAUUCGCAUCGACGAAAAGACAGUUUGGAAAAGACACGCAAACCAGUUGAUCAAGUUUGAUGGUUCGAUUGUAGCAGAACAAAACGAGGCUGAAAAGAAGCAGCAGACCUUACUACAGCCUAGGCCCAUGGUUCGUCGAUCGGAGCGGUUACAAAAUAAGAAGGGGGAGAUGUAG